CAAGCAAAGCUAAGUGGGUCAUGGAGAGCCAUGCGCGUCUUCACCAUCGAGCUGGUGGUGGAUCAUGUCAAGGGCGCUUGGCGCCCAAGGAGCUCUGAGAGGCCCGGGCUGGCGCUGAAGCUCUUGGACCUCGCGCCUCAGGUGGUGGAGGCCCCUUGCCUCGAGGAGCUUCAUGGCUUGGGCAAGGCCCUGGUCUUCGAGCUUCCUGAGGCCUUGCUGCAGCAGGUGAUCCCGCUGUGGAUCAUGCUGCUGUCGCUGCAGCCGAGUGCGGAUUCGGCCAGGACGGGCGCCCUAGCAGCCUCUGCGGGCUUGGACAUGCGCCAGGAGGUGGCGGCUGCUGUGCAGAGGGAGGCACUAAGCGCACCGUCACCCACCUUCCGGCGUUGCAGCUUCGGGA